AUGGCGGAGCCCGAGGUCUCCCCCGCGGCGGCCGGCGGCGGCGGCCAGCUCCGCAACGUCUUCGGGGGCGUGCUCUGCGCCUUCACGCUCCUCCUCAUCGGCGUCGUCGCGUUCUCGAUCCGCCUCUUCUCCGUAAUCAAGUACGAGAGCGUGAUCCACGAGUUCGACCCCUACUUCAACUUCCGCGUCACUCAGUUUCUGUCGAAGAAUGGAAUUUACGAGUUCUGGAACUGGUUUGAUGAUAGGACAUGGUACCCCCUUGGCCGUGUGAUUGGUGGCACUGUGUAUCCUGGUUUGACAUUGACUGCUGGAACUAUUUGGUGGUUGCUGAACUCUCUCAACAUCCCACUGUCUGUGGAGACAGUUUGUGUGUUCACAGCUCCAAUUUUCUCAGCAAAUGCAUCCUGGGCUACUUACCUGUUAACAAAGGAAGCAAAGGGUACUGGAGCUGGAUUAAUGGCAGCAGCCAUUUUGGCAAUGGUUCCCUCAUACAUCUCAAGAUCUGUUGCAGGCAGCUAUGAUAAUGAAGCUGUAGCAAUAUUUGCCUUGAUAUUUACAUUUUAUCUAUAUGUAAAGACGCUGAACACGGGAUCGCUCUUUUAUGCAACACUCAAUGCUCUCUCAUAUUUCUACAUGGUCUGCUCUUGGGGAGGCUACACAUUCAUUAUCAAUCUUAUCCCAAUGCAUGUCCUCUUGUGCAUUGUAACUGGUCGUUAUUCUUCGCGGCUCUACAUUGCAUAUGCUCCCCUUGUUAUACUUGGAACGCUUCUGGCAGCAUUAGUACCUGUGGUUGGUUUUAAUGCAGUAAUGACCUCUGAGCACUUCGCAUCAUUUCUGGUGUUCAUAAUUCUUCAUGUGGUUGCUCUUGUGUAUUAUAUCAAAGGGCUUCUGACUCCUAGGCUGUUCAAAGUUGCUAUGACUCUUGUCAUAUCUGUUGGCUUAGCUGUUUGUUUCGCAGUAGUAGCCAUACUUGUCGCAUUGGUGGCAUCUAGUCCAACGAAAGGCUGGAGCGGCCGCAGUUUGAGUCUACUUGACCCAACUUAUGCAAGCAAGUACAUCCCCAUCAUUGCUAGUGUCAGUGAACACCAACCUCCUACCUGGCCCUCUUAUUUUAUGGACAUUAAUGUGUUGGCCUUCCUGAUUCCUGCUGGGAUUAUUUCAUGCUUCUUGCCUCUGUCUGAUGCAAGCUCCUUCAUGGUCUUGUACUUAGUCACUGCAGUGUAUUUUUCUGGAGUUAUGGUACGGCUUAUGCUUGUCCUUGCUCCUGCUGCGUGCAUUUUAUCAGGGAUUGCUCUAUCUGAAGUUUUCAGUGACAGUAGCCCAGAGAGUUCUACAAAUUCAAUUCAAAAAAAUGAAAAUAGGAAUGAAAAAUCUGAAACGGCUCCAAAGGAAAAACCGUCAAAGAAGAACCGGAAGAAGGAGAAAGAAGUAGCAGAGAGUGUUUCUGUAAAGCCUAAAAAGGAAAAGAGGCUUUUGGUUCUGCCUUUUGAAUUAUCUGUUAUGGGUAUUUUGUUGCUGAUCGUGUCCAUUGUGUAUGGGCGGCAGCUGAAGCGCAUUUCUGCGCCUUCAAUUGUGUUGACAUCUCGUUCACGGGAUGGAUUGCAUGUUUUUGAUGAUUUCCGUGAAGCUUAUGCAUGGCUGAGCCAUAACACAGAUGUUGAUGACAAGGUUGCUUCCUGGUGGGACUAUGGUUACCAAACAACUGCAAUGGCCAACAGAACUGUGAUUGUAGACAAUAACACCUGGAACAACACUCAUAUAGCAACAGUUGGUACAGCAAUGUCGUCCCCAGAAAAAGCAGCUUGGGAAAUCUUCAAUUCUUUAGAUGUCAAAUAUGUGCUUGUUGUCUUUGGAGGAGGUGGUGUGUUCCCUCACAUCAAGGAACCAGAUUAUCUUAGGGAUGGUCAAUACCGCGUUGAUGCUCAAGCCACUCCAACUAUGCUGAAUUGCCUCAUGUACAAGCUUUGUUAUUACAGGUUUGUGGAGACAGAUGGAAAAGGCUUUGACAAAGUAAGAGGAUAUGAAAUAGGAAAGAAGCAUUUCAAGCUAACACAUUUUGAGGAGGUAUUCACAACCCACCAUUGGAUGGUCCGUAUAUAUAAACUGAAACCCCAGAAGAACAGGGUUCGAGGCAAGUUGAAGAAGCCGAAGGCUAGUGCCAAAACUAGUUCCACACUUGCGGCAGGGCAAAAGAAGAACCCGUGGCAAUAG